UGUCCAAUCUACCAUGGAAAGAACUCCCCACAUUGUGCUUCUACCUGCACCAGGGAUGGGUCACCUCAUCCCAUUAGCUGAGCUCGCAAAGAGACUCUUUCUCUACCACAAUUUUUCAAUCACUUUAGCCAUUCCGACUGAAGCUUCUCCUUCUAAAGCCCAAAAAGACUUUAUUGAUUCACUCCCCACAACCAUAAAUUCAAUGUUUCUUCCUUCAGUUAACUUUGAUGAUCUCUCUGAGGAUGUUAUGGUUGAAACUCGCAUCUGCCUCACUGUGACUCGUUCUCUCCCUUCUCUCAGGGAAACAUUUAAGGCCUUAACCACUACUACCCAUCUUGUUGCUUUAGUUGUUGAUCUCUUUGGCACAGAUGCCUUUGAUGUUGCUAGGGAAUUUAAUGUUUUGCCUUAUAUUUUCUUCCCCUCAAACUCUAUGAUGUUGUCCUUCUUACUCCAUUUGCCCAAGCUAGAUGAGUUGUACUCUUGUGAGUAUAAAGAUAUGCCUGAACCAGUUAAAUUGCCCGGGUGUGUACCGAUUCAUGGUUCAGAUCUUCUGGACCCGGUUCAAGAUAGGAAGAACGAGGCUUACUCAUGGAUUCUACACAACUCUAAACGUUACCAUUUGGCUGAGGGGAUUCUGUUAAACAGCUUCAUGGCCUUAGAACCGGGUGCUAUCAAAGCUUUGACUGAAGAGGUAGACCUGAGCAAACCACCGGUCUAUAUGGUUGGACCACUUGUACAGAACCUUUCAAGUGAUGACGGGUCUGAGUGCUUGAGAUGGUUGGAUGAUCAACCACCAGAGUCUGUUAUAUUUGUAUCAUUUGGGAGUGCUGGGGUCCUCUCACCAGAGCAAUUGAUUGAAUUGGCCAUGGGCUUGGAGAUGAGUGACCAAAGAUUCUUAUGGAUCGCCAGGAAGCCAACUGAAAAGGCAGCAAAUUCUGCUUUUUUAAGUAUCCAUAGCUCUGAUGAAAACCCUUUAGCUUUCCUGCCUGAAGGGUUCUUGGAGAGGACAAAAGAGAGGGGCCUAGUGGUGCAGUCAUGGGCUCCUCAAAUCCAAGUGCUUAGCCAUGGUUCAACCGGAGGAUUCUUGACCCAUUGUGGUUGGAACUCAACCUUGGAGAGUGUUGUCCAUGGUGUACCCUUGGUGGCAUGGCCACUUUAUGCGGAACAAAAGAUGAAUGCAGUGAUGCUAGCAGAGGAAAUCAAUGUGGCAUUGAAGCCCAAAGUAGGAGAGAAUGGGUUAAUCGUGCGUGAUGAAAUUGCAGCAGUGGUGAAGUGCCUUAUGGAAGGGGAAGAAGGGAAGAGAGUGAGUAAGAAGAUGAAAGAGCUCAAAGAUGCAGCUGCGAAGGCAUUGACCGAAGAUGGCUCUUCUACACAGUCGCUAUCAGAGGUUGCAUGCAAAUGGAAGUCCCAUGCAACCAUGUAGGAAUGUUCUUCAGACCCCAUCAUAUAUAUAGCGUGUUUUGUUUUGUUUUUUCUUUUUUUUUUCCUGCCUCAUAGACUACCUAUUGAUUACCAAAUAAUUUGAAGAUGACAUAAAGGUGGUGAAUACUUUAUAGAUUUCGUGGUUUGGUUACAAUAUAUAUUGUCUAAAUUUAUUAGUGGAAAGUUAGUUGAAAACACCUGAUAAUAAUGCUCGUAAG